ACAAAACAACACCACAUUUGUUACUUAUUUAUAAUAUAAGAAAUAAAAACAUUAAAGCACAAAGCGUGGGUAUACAUAUAUAUUGUGUUUAAGAGAUCAAAAUUUAGGGAGUAAACAAGCAAAACCAGAGAUGGGAGAAGCAAGAAAGGUGGGAGUAGCGGUAGAUUAUUCUGAAUGUAGCAGAGUAGCGUUGCAGUGGGCAAUCGAUAACGUUGUUAGGAAAGGAGAUCAUCUUAUUCUUGUCAACGUUCUCCCUGAAGGUAUUUACGAAGAUGUCACCGAGAUGCAGCUCUGGGCAGUCACCGGUUCUCCUCUGAUCCCUUUGACUGACUUAUGUAACCCCCAUGUUCUUAAGAAAUACGGGACUAAGCCUGAUCCCGAAACACUAGAAAUCGUUAGUGUGGCUGCAGUUCUGAAAGAGGUCGAUGUUCUGAUGAAAGUCUUUUGGGGAGAUCCUCGAGAGAAAGUAUGUGAAGCCGUUGAUAAAAUCCCGUUAGACUGUCUUAUUGUGGGAAACCGGGGGCACGGCAAGUUGAAGAGGGUCAUUAUGGGUAGUGUGAGCAAGCACGCCGUGAAUCACAGCUCAUGCCCCGUAACUGUUGUGAAGCAUGCGCAUCAUACCUAAAAGUCUUUGUGGCCAGAAAUAACUAUGUUUGUAACAAAUAAUCGCUUGUGGAAUUUAUUGUUUCUACUUUGUUUUGUAGUCAUUUGCCCUGGAUUUAAAACAUUUUAAAGUUGGUGUUUUUACGGGUAUAGACGUUGAUUGGUAAUUGUUAGCGGCAUUUUCUGUU